UCCAGGAUUCUGUUCUCUCCAGCCAGUCUUCACUAUUCAGGUUUCUAAAGCAGCCAUGGCAGCAGUACCCGAACUCACCAGUGAAAUGAUGGCUUACUCCAGUAACAAUGAGAAUGACCUAUUCUUUGAAGCUGAUGGCCCUGGAAAGGUGAAGUGCUGCUGCCAAGACCUGAACCACAGUUCUCUGGUAGAUGAGGGCAUCCAGUUGCAAGUCUCCCACCAGCUCUGUAACAAGAGUCUGAGGCAUUUCGUGUCAGUCAUUGUAGCUUUGGAGAAACUGAAGAAGCCCUGCCCACAGGUCCUCCAGGAGGAUGACCUGAAGAGCAUCUUUUGCUACAUCUUUGAAGAAGAACCUAUCAUCUGCAAAACAGAUGCGGAUAAUUUUAUGAGUGAUGCAGCCCUGCAAUCGGUGGACUGCAAGUUACAGGACAUAAACCACAAAUACCUGGUGCUGUCUAACUCAUAUGAGCUUCGGGCUCUCCACCUCAAUGGGGAAAAUGUGAACAAACAAGUGGUGUUCCACAUGAGCUUUGUGCACGGGGAUGAAAGUAAUAACAAGAUACCUGUGGUCUUGGGCAUCAAACAAAAGAAUCUGUACCUGUCCUGUGUGAUGAAGGAUGGGAAGCCCACCCUACAGCUAGAGACGGUAGACCCCAAAGUCUACCCAAAGAGGAAGAUGGAAAAGCGAUUUGUCUUCAACAAGAUAGAAAUCAAGAACACAGUGGAAUUUGAGUCUUCUCAGUACCCUAACUGGUACAUCAGCACCUCUCAAGUCGAAGGAAUGCCUGUCUUCCUAGGAAAUACCAAAGGUGGCCAGGAUAUAACUGACUUCAUCAUGGAAUUCUCUUCCUAGAGACCUGUACCCAGAGAGUCCACAAGUGCUGGGUAACCCUUAGGGCUGAUGGAAAGGGAGUAGAAGGGUUUUAAAUGUGGCCUCAGGCUGAAUUUCACUAUUAUCUAAUCAGUGCACAGCUGCCUUCCCUAAAUCACUGCUAAGAUUUCUUGUCCACCAGCCAAGCGGAAUAGCCCCCUUCCCAGGGCCAAUCCCUCUGCUGAGUCAGGUCUCUAUCUCUCCUACUCAUCUGAAGCUAGCCUGGCAGAAGUCAUUAUACAUCAGGUUCCAAGAAACCCUCCUUUGUGCCCAGCUUCUGAUGAACAACCAUUGAACUAUUUAUUUAUUUAUUUAUUUAUUGGUGGGUUAAUCUAUUUAGUUUAAGUCAAGAGGGGCAAGAAG